GCCGGGACCGACACAGACGCGGACAGCGCCGGGACUCGCCGCCCCGGGACUCGCGCAGCCCGCAGCGCUCCGGCUCCUCCUCCUCUCGCGACCGCCCUCCGCAGCGAUGGACGGAGACGGUGACCCAGAGAGCGUGGGCCAGCCCGAGGAGGCAAGCCCGGAGGAGCAGCCGGAGGAGGCAAGCGCUGAGGAGGAGCGGCCAGAGGACCAUGAGGAGGAGGAGGCGGCGGCCGCCGCGUACCUGGACGAGCUGCCCGAGCCGCUGCUGCUGCGCGUGCUGGCCGCACUGCCGGCCGCCGAGCUGGUGCAGGCCUGCCGCCUGGUGUGCCUGCGCUGGAAGGAGCUGGUGGACGGCGCCCCGCUGUGGCUGCUCAAGUGCCAGCAGGAGGGGCUGGUGCCCGAGGGCGGCGCGGAGGAGGAGCGCGACCACUGGCAGCAGUUCUACUUCCUGAGCAAGCGGCGCCGCAAUCUUCUGCGCAACCCGUGUGGGGAAGAGGACUUGGAAGGCUGGUGUGACGUGGAGCAUGGUGGGGACGGCUGGAGGGUGGAGGAGCUGCCUGGAGACAGUGGGGUGGAGUUCACCCACGAUGAGAACGUCAAGAAGUACUUCGCCUCCUCCUUUGAGUGGUGUCGCAAAGCGCAGGUCAUUGACCUGCAGGCUGAGGGCUACUGGGAGGAGCUGCUGGACACGAUUCAGCCGGCCAUCGUGGUGAAGGACUGGUACUCGGGCCGCAGCGACGCUGGUUGCCUCUACGAGCUCACCGUUAAGCUACUGUCCGAGCACGAGGACGUGCUGGCUGAGUUCAGCAGCGGGCAGGUGGCAGUGCCCCAAGACAGUGACGGCGGGGGCUGGUUGGAGAUCUCCCACACCUUCACCGACUACGGGCCGGGCGUCCGCUUCGUCCGCUUCGAGCACGGGGGGCAGGACUCCGUCUACUGGAAGGGCUGGUUCGGGGCCCGGGUGACCAACAGCAGCGUGUGGGUAGAACCCUGAGCGGCCCUGCCUCCACUCUCCCCCAGCUGCCUGGAGGGGCAAAGGUCGGGGGUAGAUAGGCCUUAACUUAGUCCAUAGCGUCCUCACCUUCCCCAAGCCACACAUCCUCCUCCCGUCCCUUGCUCCGAGCCCAGCCCCUGAGCGGGGAGAGAGAAGUUUUGUUGGCAUAGGUUUGCUUAGGUAGUCGGCUUCUAGAAUGUAGAUCCGUGAGGGCGUGGGCUUGGACUGGACCCACUGCUGAAUCCCCUGCACCUAGCACAGUGCCUGCUACAAAGUGAGCUCUCAAUAAAUAUUAUUUGUCCAAGGAAGGAAUGAAUGAACAAAUGGAUAAA